AUGCCCCGAGGGACCUCAGAGCGGGAUUCGGUACCAUCCAACCCUCAUCCGGCCGUUGAAGAAGCGCCCAUGCCUGUCGCGACGGGCCCACCCGUAUCAACUCCUGAAUCGGGGCCGCAGGAAAAUGAUACCCUCGCGAGUGCGUCGCCACCGUCAAAGUUGUUAGAGACGCCUGCGGACCCGGCUCAGAACCCCGAGGCUGCGUCCACUUCCAGUGGCGCCGGCACCUCCAGGAGACAUCUACUGUUACCCAUCUCGUCGCGGGUGUCGUUGAGAGCCGAUCGUCAAUCCACGCCCGACCAAUCGCAGGAUGGGACCCACGACGAUUCCGAGAACACGCUGCGUGGCUCGCGGAGGAGUAUUUUAAAGGGCCACCGUGAUCGAAGCCGGGGAAGUAGCAUGCGAUCCCGGCGGCAGAACCAGGAGGAGGCCAGCGUGGAGGAAAACAAAGCCACGGCGACCCCCGAGUUGCGCGAUGCGUCGACCGAUCGAAAAAGCAAGGUCUCCUACCGGAUUUUCGCCUUCCUGAGCUGCUGCUCGUCCAAUGUCGAUUCGGAGGACAAUGCGAUUCCGGCGAAGAUGAAGACGCCGCCGCCGCGACAGCCAUCGGUUUCUCACACCCAGCCCACGCCCGAGAAGGCCGAGACCAACGCGGGCGACGCCAGCACGGCCCAGUCUAAAGAACAGAGUUACUUCAGAGACGAAAAGCCCAAGUCAACCGUGACACCCGAUCAGCCACCGUCUCCGGUGGCGGAGGAAGCGUCCGCAGGCCCCGACCGCGGAUCGCAGCUGGACGGCACGGCGUCCACGCCAAACCCGCCGGAGUCGACGCAGUCUCCCACCCCGAAUCAAAAGGAGGUCACUGUGGUACCCGGGCUAGAAGAGGUCCCACCUCCCCCUAGCCCCGCAACGGUCGAGAAGCCCGAAGAACAGCCUCAGGAUCUCGCCGCCUUCCCGGGGCCGCCACGGAACGGAGAGAGUGCUCCCGUCGGCGUGCAUGCGACACCCGAUGAUGAAGAGGUCGGGCCCAAGGACGAAGUGAACUAUCCCGUGCAUCAUGAAGACCAGACGCAGACGGAGCUACCUCCUCCUCCGCCGCUACCCCUAGGCCCUCCCGGCAAGCAAGCGCUCGUGCAGGAGCGGUCUCACUUCCUGCUGCCUCCCGCACUUCCUCACCUGCGGGAUCGAAAAUGCCUAGUACUGGACCUGGACGAAACCCUGGUCCAUAGUAGUUUCAAGGUCCUUGAACGUGCUGAUUUCACCAUUCCCGUCGAGAUUGAGGGGCAGUACCACAACAUCUAUGUGAUCAAACGGCCUGGAGUCGACCAGUUUAUGAAGCGAGUUGGAGAGUUGUACGAGGUGGUCGUGUUCACGGCGUCUGUCUCCAAGUACGGUGAUCCUCUAUUGGAUCAAUUGGAUAUCCAUCAAGUCGUCCACCACCGGCUAUUCCGCGACAGCUGCUACAAUCACCAGGGCAACUAUGUCAAGGAUCUCUCCCAAGUUGGUCGCGAACUCCGAGAUACCAUCAUCAUCGACAACUCCCCCACGUCCUACAUAUUCCACCCCCAACAUGCGAUACCCAUCAGCAGCUGGUUCUCUGACGCCCACGAUAAUGAGCUUCUCGACCUCAUUCCUGUCCUCGAAGACCUUGCCGGUUCGCAAGUGAAAGACGUUAGUCUGGUUCUUGACAUUGCAUUGUAA